AUGCCCCUGCGGGAAACAACUCUCCUCUAUUUAUUUACUUGUCCUGACUACUCUCAGCCAAUCUGCACCUAUCACUCUCAGGCACGUCUUCUGCUAUUUAUCAAGCUGAUUUUUGUGAUGUGGCCCCUGGCUGUUAGGGGCUCCUCAGGGCCACAAUGUCUCCUGUCCUCCUCUUCUCUUACAGACUAUGGAGAGAAGGGAAAUAUCACUUUGGAUUUUAUUGGUCCCGUCAACACUAUGUUAUCUAAACCGGCGAUUCCAUUUACAGCCCAGCCAGGACCACCACCCUGCGACCUAUUUCGGUUGGAUCUCUAUAAAUCCAGCCUGGCGUUGCUAUUCGCCACAGAAGAAGUGAGUGAAAAUGCCAGUUUGUUGCCAAACAUCACGCUGGGGUUUCGGAUUUGGGAUUCUUGUUUCUCCGAGAUUCCAGCCCUUCGAGCGACAUUUCAGGCGAUAUCUGGCGAUGGGAACUACAUCCCAAAUUACAAGUGUGUCUCCGAGGCACCAGCUGUGGCGGUUAUUGGGGAUCCCGUGUCAGGACCAGCCGUGGCAAUGGGCAGACUGCUCAGUCUGUGGGCUGUGCCCCAAGUCAGUUAUUCUGCAACAUCGUCAUCUCUGAGCAAUAAGCUGGAAUUCCCGUCUUUUCUACGGACCAUUGUGAGUGUUGAUGGCCAGGCAGCUGCCCUGAUUGAGAUAUGUAAAAAGUUUGGGUGGAACUGGAUCGGGAUUCUGAUAUCCUCAUCAGACUAUGGCACGGUAGGGGGAUCAAUACUUAAGACAGAAGCUAUCAGGAACAGUAUUUGUAUUGCCUUCUUCGAACCAGUCAGCUACCAACAAGCCGGCAACCAGAUGCAAAAGAUUAUAGAAAUGGUACGAAGGUCGACAGCCAGAGUGAUCAUCCUCUAUUGCUCUGCUCCCGAGGUAUAUGUAGUAUUAGUCGAAGUUCUUCGGAAAAACCUCACUGGAAAGGUUUGGCUAGGAACAGAAUCUUGGUUCACCUCUCCAGUGCUUCUCCAACCAGAAUUUCGGCACCUUCUCAAUAAUACCAUUGGAAUUGCUAAGAGCCGUAAAAUAUUACCAAGUUUCACCAGGUUCCUUCAAUCCUUAAAUCCUUUCAAAUACCCCAGGAUGCUCUCUAUAAGGCAGUUCUGGGAGAUAUUAUUUAACUGUAAGUGGAGUGCAGCCAAUAUUAGCGUUAUUGCCCAGGUUCCAGUUUGUAAGGGAUCAGAGAAGAUCGUUACAAAUGAUAUCACAGAAUACAACGAUCCAACAUCCCAAUCUGUGUACAUGGCGUACAACGCUCUCUAUGCGAUAACCCACGCUUUAAACAAUUUAUUGUCCUGCAAACCCAACCAAGGUCCAUUCAGUGGCAAGUCAUGUGCUGAUAAGAAUAACUUCCAACCUUGGCAGCUUCUGCACUAUUUGAAGAGAGUGCAGUUUGUUAAUACGGCCGGUGAAUUGAUCGCGUUUGACGCCAAUGGGAAUAUUUACGGAUACCUCGAAAUCAUGAACUGGCAGUUGGACGGAAAUAAUAUUGGCCGUUAUGUGAAAGUGGGAACCUUCGAUAAAUAUCUGGCCCUCAAUGAGUCACUUAUCCGGUGGGCAGGUGGACACGUUACUCUCCUUUCUGCUGUUGAUUCCCAAAACCCAGAUAGAGCUGACCUGAGUCAUCAUUACGGAAAGAUGGUUAAGAAAUCCAAGUCCUAA